UUUGGGGCGCGCGAUAUGACAAUAUCGAUAUCAGUAAAGGAUCAAAAUUCUUAAUGGAUAGAAUGGAAAUUCCCGAGGAUCAAGCGUACUUGCCGCAUACAAAAUGUAUUAUCCAAGUAGUAUUUGAACAAGAAGGCACACUAAAACGAACGGUUGAAUUCAUUCAACAGUAUUACAAUUCACAAAGAUGUCGCACGUUCUUCAUUCCGCGCAAGAUCAACCAUGCAUUACGUUAUUACUCGUCAAAGAAGUGGAAAACACCAAUAAUUUCAUCAAUUAUACUUUUUGUAUAUCCCGUACCUACUACCGAUUUUUCUUUGGUUACUCAUAAAACACGAGUGAAACCAAUUCAAAUCCAACUACUUGAAAAACCGAUAAGAAUUUUUAUCAAAAAACCUUCGAUGUUUACUAUUUCUCCGACCAAUAAUCCGAUUAAUUCUAGACAAUUCAUUUCUAAAAUAUUCACCAAAAGAAAAACAAAUGACUUAUGGAGAUUACCAUUAGAAGUUAAGCGAGAAUUCAACGAAAAAAAGAAUCCAAACAGAUUUAUUAUUCCUUUUGGGUUUGAACUUAAUAUUGAUUUAAAUCCUGGUCGAAAUUUAGUUAAUAAUUGCAUUAAAGAAAACCUUUAUUAUUUUGAUGGAGGAAAAUAUUAUGAAUCGGAUAAAGAUUUUAAAAAAUUUCAAGAAUAUAAUGAGGAAAAAGA